GCCCCAUCGGUCUAUUACGACCUUACGCAUUGCAUACGGGAACUCUCAGGAUUCUCGACCAGAGCGUAUAUUACACUUGGUCUUGUCUUUCCUCGUUUUCUGUUAUCCAACAAUCUCAAUCCUAUGAACAGAGCAAUAUUUCUCCCAAAGCAGACUAAGAUAACACAGGAUUACCAGAUAUCCAAAUCCAUUCUGGGUACAGGGAUCAGCGGUAAAGUUUUGAAAUGUGUUUGCGUGCGCACAGGAAAAGCAUAUGCAUUGAAGAUUCUCGUGGACUGCCCGAAAUCCAGACGCGAGGCAGAAUUACAUUGGCGCGCAUCAGAUUGCCCCAAUGUGGUGCGAAUUGUUGAUGUCUAUGAGAACUUCAACCAGCACACUCGGAAAAAGUACCUUCUACUAGUGAUGGAAUGCAUGGAAGGUGGUGAACUUUUUGAUCGGAUUAAAUCCCGUAGUUCAUUCACCGAAGCCGAAGCCGCGAAGAUUGUGCACCAGAUCGCGUCGGCUGUUGCGUAUUUACACAACAAGUCCAUCGCUCAUCGUGACUUAAAGCCAGAAAACUUGCUAUUUACCUCCGAAGCACCAGACGCUCUACUCAAACUCACCGACUUUGGCUUCGCUUGUGAGGUGAUAGCUGCGAAUUCUUUAAAAACUCCCUGCUACACUCCUUACUACGUCGCACCUGAAAUUCUCACAAAAAUGAGUUACGAUCAAUCCUGCGACUUGUGGUCCCUCGGAAUAAUAACAUACAUACUCCUGUGCGGUUUUCCCCCAUUCUACAGUCGAAAUGGUGCUCCUAUCUCUCCAAGAAUGCAGGAGAAUAUCAUUUACGGCAAUUACGAUUUCCCCGAAUCACACUGGGCCAACGUCUCAUCCGGAGCCAAAGAUCUAAUACGACGCCUUUUGAUGACGGAGCCAUCCAAGCGGUUAUCCAGUGCCGAAGUCAUGCAACACCCUUGGGUCGCUCAGCACACCUCAGUCCCAAAGACACCGCUAGUCACUCCUAGAUUUCUCGCAUCAACCGUAUGGGAUCACUUGAAUGUAAGUUAUUGGUUUUGUGAAGUUUUGCUCCUCAUACUCUCUUCGCUCAUCAAUUCCGUCUGUGUUCAAUCUGAUGUAACUCAAGUACUCUAUUUUAUUGCGCUUCCUUUAUUGGCUAUCGUCAUAAGAUACCCAUCGCUUUACAAGGUACUCUUCGGUGUGUGA